AAUGAAUAAUUUGAGCGCAACUAAAAAUGAGGGGGGUUGGGGGUCAUUAAAGAACUGCCCCCAGGCCAACCAAGGGGGCGCCGGCGGCUUGUAUGUGUUUGCAUUAUGGCCCCGAGAGUGUACAGUAUGUUGAGAAGUGGGAGACGUGGAGGAAAGGAGCGGACACGUUAAACGCAGGGCCGUCUAGAGUGGUCGCAGAAGAGAUCAGACGGUGGAACAUGGCUCCCAGGAGAAGGAAGGUUCAACGCAGGGGCAACACACAACCCCCAUCACCACCCACCAGGCAGGUGGAGAUGGCACAGGUGGAGAAUGCCCUGAAGGAGGAGAAUGCCCUGAAGGAGGCAGCCCUGGAGGAUGCCUCCAUGGAGGUAGGCCUUGACCCCACCACCAUCCCAUCUGGGACUGGCCUCCCUCAAACCAACAAUCCAGGCACUGCUGCUGUUACUGCAUCAAUUAAAGCUGACCCAGACACAGCAUCAGACACCAAUGCCUCAAUGGAAGUGAAGAAGGACAGAAGGAAGGUUUUGCCUAAUACCUUCAAGAGGGAGACCUGGAAGAGUGGAAGCCCACAUUACUGCAGAACAAGGCCAAGGAGUUCCCUGACCGUACCUCAGUUUGAUUGUCAGAGGCCAUCCACCAGCCAACAGCACCGCAGUAGGCAAAUUUCCAGUAUUGACCUCACCACACCCGGAGGUACUGAAGAAGGGACAGAUGGAAACAUCAUUAGAAGUCUCAAUAACACUGUUCGAGACGGUUUUCAGUUGUUGGAGGAAGGACGCCUGAGAACGAACAUCGUAACGCAGAGGGCAGUAGACUUCUGUCAAGUUAUUAUGGAAGAAGAAAUUACUGAAGAUCACUGGGAUUUUAUAUGGAUUAUGAUCAAUGGGGCAAUCGGGUUUCGAAAUAAAAAGUUAAUGAAAGCACGUGCAUCUGAGGCGCAGCGUCCACUGGUUCCUCAGCCUCGUGCCGCCUCACUUCUAUCACCAGUAUGCAGAUGGGACAUAUGGAAUGCCGCGUGCAAUGGGAGCACAGCCACAAUUCCGUGCUGAACAGAGACACUCACCAUCACCACUGAUGUUUACAGAGCAGCAGCCUGGUAGAAAUUCACCUUUGCCUUUUGUUUACGGAGAGGGCCGUGCACAAACACCAUCACAAGAAGGGACAGAUUGUUUCACUGACUCGGACUUUUAGAAUUAUUAAUGUGGUGUUUAGGUAACCGUUUUAGUUUUGGUUUAUUUUAGUUGUUGGCCACUCAACAUUUUGUGUGACAUCUAGAGUCCUUUAUAAAUGUCUGUAUGUUAAUAUGUGUGUAUUUUACUCUUGGGCAUUACUUUGAUUCUGUUGGUGGCUCCACAUUUUAUGAUAGCCUGAAGUGUGAUAAUAAAGCUUUUACCUCAGCAGUUUGAUUGUCAGUGUUUGUUGACCUCAUUGUUAAAUAAAUAUAUUUCUCACUAUCAGCUUGAUGUCUGCAAUUCUUCAUCAACACAUCAUUACAAUAUGAAUGUCUCUAAUGUUAUAAUCCCUCUCAUGCUGAAACACCAAAUAGUUGAAGUGAGGUGAUAUAAUCACAUUUUCAUUUAUUUUCAUUUGUGAGUGUUCAGGUCCAUCAAUUGAUGAGCUAUUUAAAACGUUUGAAAGUUUCACCUCUCGGUAGGAAAUAAAAUAAGCCAAUCAGCACGGUAAACGUGACACAAAGUCUUUAUUGCUAUUUGACAAUAUAAAAAGACGACUUCUUUCACAUAUUUUGAGAAGGUGCAUCACACCAAACAUUUGUCUCGCAAACACGAAAAUCAACAAAUGAGGCACGCUAGAUUAUUUUAAACACAUUAUAUUCAUUAACCUCCG